AUGCUGGCACAUAAGAAACUGCAAUCGGGAUUACUCUUGGCCUUAUGGAAUAUUUUCUCGGUCCUUUAUCGACGUGGAAUAAAAAUGCCCAAUGGAGUGGGGUCGGGGGUCGGAGAUUCCUAUCACAGCCAAACCUCCCUACCCCCAGGGGAAUUGGGGGAAGUGGCAGCAGGGGGCCGGAGUGGAAACCCUCCACGCCACCCCGAGCGGCCCGAGCCUUCCAGGACCCGCCCCGAUCUCGCUGCCCUGCCCCGGCGCCGGCCGCAGCCUCCCGCCCUACCCGACCCUCCCAGGACGCGCUUCCUCCGGAGCCGGACCCCCGCCCUGGCCUCCCCGCGGGAUAAGCGAGACCAGCUGCGCUCGGCCCAUCCCCCCCCCCCUCCUCCGGGGUCCGUAACCUCUUCCCUCAGCCCUGCCCCGCGCCCUGUGCUCCCCGCGGGCAGGCGCGCAGCGCGCCUUCCCCUUUCUCCAAGUCCCGCUUCCCGACCGUUGCCUGGGGGCACUGAGCCCCCUUCCCCAGUUCCUAGCCGUUGUCACCGCCACAGCCUCCGGAAAACCCUCGGCAAACCCCGGAGCAAACAACACAGGGGCGGGGGUGCGGAGGGAGGAGGCGGCACUCGGGACGGCGAGGCUUUAUCGCCGCGCCCUCAGCGCUCCCUCCCACCAGCCUCGGCUGCCCGCGCUCUUACCUGCUCUCCGCGUCGCCCGGGAAGACCACGGCGUCGCUUUCCCUCCCGGCAGGGCCGAGGACUAGCACCGCCGCCGCCGCUGGCCGGGCGUCCCGAGGGAGCCGGGGCCUCCCCGGCAGCCCGAGCCGCUUCAGUGGGAGAAGAGGAAACAAAACAGCGGCGAGCCGGCCCGCGCAGCGCCCCCCGCCCGCGCCGCCCCACGGAUCCCCAACCGCCGAGGCGACGGCGGCGACACAGAGCCCGGCGCGGGGAGCAAUGGUGGCCCCCGCCCUCGCCCCGCUCCGGGCCCCCUCCCUCCACCCCCCGCUUCAGCUCCUCCCCCUCGGCCUCCUACCGCCGCCACCAGGACACUCGAGUCCGCCUCCCCCACCCCGCCCGCUCCGAGCGCUCCUCCCCUCCCCACGCGGCGAGGGAGGGGGGGGGGGCAGCACAGCCAGUCACCGCUGCGUCUGUCAAACCAGGGCUGGCUAUUUAUACCCGGCAGGGCCCCACCGGUCCCCUAGCCGGCCAACCUGCUUCGGUGGCUGUCUCGACUCUCGCCCGCCCCUUAUCCCCCAACUUCUACCAAACCCGCCUUCUCAGAUUAUGACACUGAUGUGACUGAAGGAGUGAGCAACUUUCUCAAGACCACCAGCAAGUGAGUAAUGGUGCCAGGCAAGAAAUCCAAGCAGGCUGGCUCCAGACUCCAUGCUCCCAGCACUCUGCUCAGCUUCCUCCUCCUCUGCAUUGUCCUCUCCAGGGUUGAAGGAGAGACCAGGCCAGCUUCUCCCUAUCCUGUCCAGCUUCUCCUUAAGAAUAAGCCAAUACCUCUGCUCUGACAUGUGAUUUGACUGGUGAAGGGGCCCAGUUCACAAUUCAGCAAGCCUCAAAGUGGAUUAUAUUCUACCAGCAGAAUAUUUUCAGAGCCCACUUACUAAGUCUGCGUUUUUAUUUGGUUACCUGGGUGGAGAAAGAAAAUUAAUAUGUUAACAAGGACUAAUUAUAUUACUACCCGGUGUGUCUGAGGAGCAAGUACAUCCCUUUGUGAUCAGUAUAAGCUAGAGAAGUGAGUUUUGACAGGUAGAAGAGACAAGGUUGGAGUCUCCAACCUCCAGCUUUUAGUCUUCUAUAUCUGUGAGAACUAUUAUAUAUUUACUCUGACCCAAUCAUUCUAUGUUGAGAACGCUACGGCCUAAAAAUAAGUUACUUACUUUUGUUAACACAGGUGAGCAGAGUUGGAAUUUGAAUCCAGGUUUUCUUAUUUUUACAAACUCCCUUUUUGAGAUCACUGAAGUGAAAGUUGAAGAACAGGAAGGUCUUUGGAAAUGAUGCCCUUGAGCCUAAUGGGGGAAGUUUAGCAAUAAUAACCUCCCUCUCAUUGACUUUGUCCGGCUGAGCAAGAAAGGGAGGGACGGAAUAAAAGUCAAGUGUAGAAUGACAGAGACAGGCUUCAAUCUGGUGAGGCACCGGGAAAGAGUUGGGAAAUUAAGGAGCCAAGGCAAAUCUCAGGAAAGAGCGAAAUUGAUUAGGUAAACUGUGGACUCACAUGUAGACAAGUUAUCUAUUUUACAGUUGUGUCCAUAGCUAGCCAUACCCUUUUGUUCAAAAUUAUUUUGCUUUUCAGUUUUCCUCAGGGUGUCCUGUAUAUUUUUAUUCAGGUGGUCCACAUUUAUUAUAAGCCAAUUUUGGUGUUUUUCCCAACACAUAUGAUGGAAAGCUUAAUCAUGUGUAUAUUGUUCACAUAUACACAUAUACACAUGUGAUAUUUCAGUCUUUAAUAUUUCUUAUUUACCAUUAACCCAAAAAGCCCUUCAAUCACUCAUAUAGUCCUUUUUGAAUUAGACAGGAACUAGAUAUACUGAACUUCCAAAUAACAGUGGUUGAGAAAAGCAAGGGACAAAUUUGUAUUGAAGUGAGUUACACAUCUGGUUUUUAGACCAAAUGAGUAGCA